GGCAUAUUUAGUUUCACUUUUAUUUUAUGUACUUCCUCCCUCACACAGCCAAGCUCCAUACUGAUGUGUCGCAGACACUUUUUGUUGAGGAAUGAACGCUUCGGAACAACAGUCUCCCCUGCAGACGCAGGUACCGCAAGUCGGCAUUGGGGCAGCACCUUCCAUGGGCACUGGUCCCACUGCUGACCCAGAAAAACGUAAAUUAAUCCGGGACCAGCUUGUCCUUUUACUUCACGCUCACAAAUGUCAACGACGCGAACAGACAAAUGGCGAGAUGCGAGACUGCUCCCUACCCCACUGCCGAACUAUGAAGAAUGUUCUCAACCACAUGACACACUGCCAGGCUGGGAAGGCCUGCCAGGUUGCACACUGCUCCUCCUCAAGCCAAAUCAUCUCUCACUGGAAGAACUGUACGCGGCAUGACUGCCCUAUAUGUCUACCAUUAAAGAGGGGGGAGAAACGGUAUACCUGGUCUAUCCCAUUCCUUUUUAACAAUUUCCGAAAUUCUUUUAGGAACCGGGAAAAUGUCAGUUCUCCCCUGCAGACGCAGGUACCGCAAGUCGGCAUUGGGGCAGCACCUUCCAUGGGCACUGGUCCCACUGCUGACCCAGAAAAACGUAAAUUAAUCCGGGACCAGCUUGUCCUUUUACUUCACGCUCACAAAUGUCAACGACGCGAACAGACAAAUGGCGAGAUGCGAGACUGCUCCCUACCCCACUGCCGAACUAUGAAGAAUGUUCUCAACCACAUGACACACUGCCAGGCUGGGAAGGCCUGCCAGGUUGCACACUGCGCCUCCUCGAGACAAAUCAUCUCUCACUGGAAGAACUGUACGCGGCAUGACUGCCCUGUAUGUCUACCAUUAAAGAACGCCAGCGACAAACGAAACCAGCAACCGCUACUAGGUUCCCCAUCAAGCGGUGUGCAGAACCCUAUUGGUUCAGUAGGGGGUGGCCAGCAAACUGCUCCAUCGUUAAGCAGUCCCAACUCUAUUGACCCCAGCUCCAUGCAGAGGGCGUAUGCUGCCCUUGGCCUGCCCUAUGGGAACCACUCACCUGGCCCUGGUCAGCAGCCGGCACAGACUCAGGUUCACCAGCAGCUCCGAACUAUCAACGCAUUAGCGCUACUAGGUUCCCCAUCAAGCGGUGUGCAGAACCCUAUUGGUUCAGUAGGGGGUGGCCAGCAAACUGCUCCUUCGUUAAGCAGUCCCAACUCUAUUGACCCCAGCUUCAUGCAGAGGGCGUAUGUUGCCCUUGGCCUGCCCUAUGGGAACCACUCACCUGGCCCUGGUCAGCAGCCGGCACAGACUCAGGUUCACCAGCAGCUCCGAACUAUCAACGCAUUAGGUGGCAAUCAGAUGAAUCUGUCUUCUGGAGGAAUCACUGCUGAGCAACAAGCAAGCCUGAUUUCUGAAGCAGCUCUUCCAACUGCCCUGGCAAAUGCAAACUCUGAGAACUGGAAGAGCAAACUGCAGACUUCAUCCACCAUUAGAAAACAAUGCAAGGUCCCGCGCCCCCUAAUAAAAAAAAAAAAAAAAGAAAAGGGAAAAAAGAAAAAUCAGCAGCAAGCUUUGACUACUCCAGUAACAAUCCAGAUUGGCUCCUCCAAAUAAGGAAAGUGGAAAUAGAAGUUUGGCUUUACAUAAACAAGGUGUAAAUACAGUACUAGUAUAAUAUGUAUUAAAGGGACACUGAACCCAUUUUUUUUACUUUUGUGAUUCAGAUAGAUCAUGCAGUUUUAAGCAACUUUCAAAUUUACUGCUUUUAUCAAAUUGUCUUCAUUCUCUUGGUAUGUUUAUUUGAAAAGCAAGAAUGUAAGUUUAGAUGCCGGCCCAUUUUUGGUGAACAACCUUGGUUGUCCUUGCUGAUUAGACAGCAUCAAUAAACAAGUGCUGUCCAUCGUACUGAACCAAAAAUGUGCUGGCUCCUUAGCUUAGAUUGCUUCUUUUUCAAAUAAAGAUAGCAAUUGAACAAAUAAUUGAAUUGAGAACUGAAGUAAAUUAGAAAGUUGCUUAACAUUGCAUGCUCUAUCUGAAUCAUGAAAGAAGAAAAUUGGGUUCAGUAUCCCGUUAAGACAACAGAAAUUCUUGUAAUUACAAGACAAUGUUUGCGGUCAUGGUGGGAAGUCAUCAAAUCGACCAUCGCAUGGACAGACAUCCUUGAUUCAGUAAAAAUGAAGGCUGAACCCAGAAGACCCAGUGAGUGGUCAGCUGCCUCUCAUAGAAUUAAAAGUAUGCUCUGUGGAAUGGAGAAUCUGACAGAGGAAGGCGACAGAGAGCACCUGCGCCAAUAACAAACAUUUUUCGAUGCAAAAACAAAUUAAACGGUACUGUUUUCAGUGUACCAUAUAUUGAAUUUGUUUCUAGUUUUGCAGUACAAUAAGUAGACUAAGUAUUUUGACGCAAACUUGCCAGAUAACAUUUGAGAACAUAAAACAGCAAGGUUUGCAGGAGUAAAAUGCUUAGAAAAGACAGGAAGACCUGUGCGAGAACUUCAUACACACUCAAAGACCUCCCCAUCACAUUCACAUACCAAGCAUGCCAGACUCAUUUUACAAUAGAAAAAUAUAUAUACAUGUUAUAAUUUUUUUUUUAAUUUUGUAAUAUUUGGUUUGAUUUUAAUUGAAUGCAUAUUUUAAAUUUGCCUUUUACAUGUAAUUUAAAUGCAAGUUUUAAGACAAACUAUAUAUAUUGUGUGCUUUAAUUACAAUUUUUACUUUGUACUUUCAGUACGAUUUUUAAACGGCUUAUGUUAUUGAGCACUAUAUCAUAAUGCAUGCGUCUCUUUUUCACAUACAGAAGGAUCUGUUAAGGAUCUUGUAGCACUGACAUAUCUUUUUAGACAAUCUCACCUAUGUAAAAAGCUUUUGUGAAUCAGGGCCAUAACAGUAAUAAUGAUAGACUGUGGUUAUAUUUUAAAGCAAUCAGAGAGAAAGGGAUUUAAAGAAACUAUUCCUAAGCCUAUCUAGGUAUGCUUCUUAAUAAAAGGAAGAGAAUGUUUAAUUCCGGACACUGCUACAUUAUGAAAAGUGAUUACUUAAAUCAGAGCACUAGCUCAUAUAUUGGGCCCUAAUUAGCCACAACAAAGGUCACCAAGAAUAUGGAUUUGCAAAAAACUGUGUAAACGUGCUAUUAAAAUAAAUGUUAAAUUUGUUUAAAACA